AUGUUGGCAGUUUUGGGGCAGCCACCUGCGAAGCGCAAGCACUGGGCUCGAGCGCGAGACGUAGAUCGCCACCUGCGCGGCAAGAUGGCAGGACCUUCAGGAACCGGAGGCGGUUUCAGAGCAGUGAUCUUUGACUUGGACGGCACUUUGGUGGACACAGAGGAGGCCACCUGCGCCUGGAUUGCCGGGCUUUUGGAGCCAUUUGACCUGCUUUGGACUCCCGAGCUACACCAAGAAGUCGCAGGUACGACCAAGUUCUUUCCGGAAAGGUGUUUGGAAGUAUUGGAGGUUUCGCCGCAAAGGCAGGCAGAGAUCAUGAAGGUUCUGCCACCGAGGUUGACAUCAGCUGAGUAUACCAAAUUCGUGGCUGGUCGCAUGCGUGUCAAGGCUGGCGCAGUGGCGCUGGUGAAGCGCAUUCAAUCUCUACGUCUUCCCAUUGCAUUGUGUACCAGCCGAGCACGUGAUGGUCUAGAGGAAUUGGUGAAGUUGCGUGGCGACUUGAGGGAUUUGCUGGAGCCUAUGGAGGUCCGAGUGAUUGGAUCCGUAGAUCCCCGCAGCGGCGAGAAGCUGAUGGGGAAGCCAGAUCCGGAGGUUUACCAAGUCUGCGCCGACAUCCUCGGCGUGGAGCCGUCACAAUGCUUGGUGGUGGAAGAUGCUCUGGUGGGGGUCCAGGCGGCGAAACGUGCAGGCUGUUUCACCGUGGCAGUGCCGGAGAUCUGGGGCCAUGAAGGCUUUGCUGAGGCGAACUUGUCAUUAAGGUCGCUGGAGGAUGUCCUUGAGCCUGGCACCUGGACCGAACUAUUUGGCCCCCUGCCGCCUCUGCUGGUGGCUUUCGGCAACACCACGGUAGAUGCCGUGUGCACAGUGGAUCAGUCCGAGCUGGACAAGUUGGGCUUGUCACUGGGGACUGAAGCAACUGGCUUGACAGACACGGAGAAGCUUGCACUUGUUGAAUAUGCUCUGAGUUGUUGUGAAGCUGUACUGGCCGGCGGGGCAGCCAUGAAUACCGUGCGAGUGGCCAACUGGAAAGCCAUGCAUCGAGCUGCCUUCAUUGGUGCGGUGGGAUGCGAUCACAAUGCUGCCAUACUGCUGAAGGCACUUCGAGAGGUGGGAGUGGUUCCAUUGCUCAAGCGUGUUCCCGACUGCAAAACAGGAGUUUGCGGAGUUUUGGUGGAGUCCAAAACCCGCGAUCGCACGCUUUCAACUGUCCGGGGUGCUUCAGCCUUUGUAGAUCCCGCGUGGAUGGAGCAACCCGAGGUGUCUUGCCUGGUUCAGGAAGCUUCCAUUGUAUACAUCACCGCUUUCGUCCUCACUUCUCAGCCACGCCUUGCCGCUGCGGAAGCUCUGGCAGAGCGAGCUCUCCGGGCAGGAGCCAAGCUGGCCCUGAACCUCUCUUCGGCGGGUCUUUUGCACAAGGUGAAGGACGCCUUGCUGCGGCUCUUGCCUAAGAGCAGCUUCGUGUUUUGCAAUCGUGGUGAGCUUCUGGGCUGGGCGGCGGUUCUUGAGUGGGACGCUGACCCAGCCCUGCGCCUGGCGGGCAUGCUGAGACCUGCCGGCGUCGCAGUGGUCACCGCAGGACCGACAGAGUUCAUGAAGCUCUGCGAGGCAGCACUCCAGGACCUGUACAAGGAGUUUGUGCACAGAGAAGAUGACAGCAUGCCCCAGAAGGUGCCACUGAUACAGCUUGCAAUCAAGACCGACGCAGACCUCGAUGGAACCUUUGGGACAAUGAAGCCCAAAAUGAUCCGAGAUCUCACUUCGGACCAGGUUGAGAAGCUUAUUGUGAUCCAGGGCAUUGUUGCCUCAGUGAAGACUCCACGCGACAAGGUCCGAAAGGUGGUACUGAAGUGCAGCAACUGUGAGAAUGUGGAAGAGGUCAUUGUGGAGACGGGAUUCACUGCAGCGCACAUUCCGGGCGCCUGCAAGGGAAACGCUUUCCGUGCAGGGAACAUGGAGAAGUGCCCGCCAAAUUCGUUUGUGGCAGUUGGAGAUCUGUGUGAGUAUGCAGUUGACCAGUCUAUCCGGCUACAAGAGCUGCCAGAACACGUACCAGUGGGCGAGAUGCCUCGGAGCAUUGAGCUUUGCGCGCAAAUGUAUGACGUGGACAAAGCCAGCCCCGGGACCAGGCUCACUUGUAUCGGAAUCUUCUGCGCGACCGAGAAGUCAGCUGGUGACAAGUUGUCGAAGGGAAGGAAUCAGGGCACCAACACAGUGAAGUAUUCUUACAUCCAGGUGCUGGGCCUCCAGCUGGCCCAGGGCAAGGGCCAGGGCGGUCCCAAGCUCAGCGCCGAAGAGGAGGAGCACUUCGAGCACAUGGCCAAGGAUCCCCAAAUCAGAGAGAUGAUAUUCAAGUCAAUCGCACCUGCAAUUUGUGCAAGCGAGAAGGACUCUAUCAAUCAGGUCAAACGAGCCAUAGCUUGCCUGCUUUUCGGAGGGUCGAGAAAACAGCUGCCCAGCGGCAAUCGUUUGCGAGGUGACAUCAACGUGCUUUUGCUCGGCGACCCUGGAACUGCAAAGAGUCAGUUCCUGAAGUUUGCGAACCAGGUGGCUCCGAUUGCAGUGUACACUAGCGGCAAGGGCAGCAGCGCUGCGGGUCUCACUGCUGCCAUUGUCAAGGAUGGUGGGGGCUUUACACUGGAAGGCGGAGCAAUGGUUCUGGCCGACAAUGGCUUGGUUUGCAUUGACGAGUUUGACAAGAUGGACGAGAAAGACCGUGUUGCUAUCCAUGAGGCCAUGGAGCAACAGACCAUCUCCAUUGCCAAAGCUGGCAUGACAACCAUGUUGAACACUCGCUGCAGUGUGCUUGCUGCGGCUAAUCCACGAUUCGGGUCCUACGAUGAUCUCUCUGACACUGCGGAUCAGAUGGAUUUUCAGACUACCAUCCUCUCCCGGUUUGACAUGAUGUUCUUGGUCAAGGAUGUCAGAGACCCCGAGCGCGACUACAAACUGGCCAAGCAUUUGGUGGCGCUUCACAGCGGAGCUCAGCUGGAGGAGACCAAGGCGCCUCUUACAAACCAGGAAUUGCGCAAGUACAUUACCUACUGCCGCAGCAAAUGCUCGCCGCGUAUUACAAAGGAGGGUGCCGAGGUCUUGAAGAACCACUAUGUCGCCAUCCGAAAGGCGAUGAAGUCAGAGAAGGCCACCAUUCCCAUUACAGUGAGGCAGCUGGAAGCCAUCGUGCGAAUUGCGGAGAGCCUUGCCAAGAUGGAGCUGCAGGAGGACGCUGACGUGAGCCAUGUUGAGGAGGCAUUGAGACUGUUCACGGUGUCAACGCUGGACUCUGCAAAUCGCGAGCGCAACGGUGUGGGGAUUGAUGUGCUGUCAGAUGACGAGAAGAAGGAGCUGCUGGAGGCGGAGGAGGUCAUCCGAAGAUUGGUUCCGCGUGGCGGUCGCAAGAACAAGUUCCUGCUGGAGCAGCAGCUCGUUUCCUUGGGAGGCGUUGCCGAGCAAAUGGCCCGCAGGGCGAUCCACUUGAUGACUCGACGGGGCGAGCUGGAGGAGAAGGCAAACAACACCCUGAAAAGGAGCGGGUGA